AUGGCGGACUCUAAGAAAAGCACGGUAUCAACACAAACCAAUCCACGCGGAAUUCCCGUCGCACCUUUCAUCGACAAUGUUAACGACUACGUUUCCUCCCGCGAGGAGGUCGAGCCUACCCUACGCAACUUCCAGGAGAUGAUCUCCAAGUACCAAUUCAUGGAGGUGAACACUCAACGCCGCGGCCAGGGACUCCGCGAGAAGAUCCCAGAUAUCAGAAAGACUCUGGAAAUGGUGCGAUUCUUGAAAUUGCGCAAGGAGUCAAACCCUGACGCCGACCUCGAGACUAACUUUGAACUCAAUGACACCCUUUACGCCCGGGCUUCGAUCUCACCCGCGGAUGCUGAGGAGGUUUAUCUCUGGCUUGGUGCGAAUGUGAUGCUGGCAUACCCGCUUAGCGAAGCCGAGACCAUGCUGGACGACAAACUUUCUGCGGCGGAGGAGAGCUUGAAAAACUGUGAGGAGGACUUGGAAUUCCUGCGUGAACAAAUUACGACAUUGGAAGUUGCUACGGCACGCGUGUACAACUGGGAUGUUGUACAAAGACGCAAAGACAAGGCUGAUGGGAAAGGGGAUGAAGAGAAGCGCCCUGGUGGUGGCUAA